GCGUUUAUGCGAUAGAUCCGACGUACACGACCACAGAUAAUAAUUAUUGUUCACGAACCUUUCCCGUCCCUUUGACAGCUGUCACCUGUCAGCUGUCACUCUGUCCAUGAUUCUUGUACAAUUUUCAAGCGCACAAGCAAGUUGAAUAAUUAUCGAUUGUAAUCUUUGUAAUACAAAAUUCAUAAGUCACAAAAGGUUUUUAAUUUGCAAAUCCAUGUUAGGACGACAAAGUUCUUAACAUAUUUUGGACCUUCUUCGACGGAUUCCUGCUACUUGCACAAAACGAAACCAGCGAACUUUGGAGACCGGCGUGGUUGGAGGAAGGCGCGUAUGCAGAAUAAUCCCAAGGAUAUACUCAAUUUACGCGAGGGAGGAUCCAAAGGAAUCAAGGAUACUAAAGAGGAUCAUCAGUUGUGUGCCGGCGCAAGCAUAGACUGAUAUUAUACAGAUACGUUGCAUUCGCGUGAGUACUCUGGUUCUUUCUUUGAUUUCCACUAUGAGCGUAGAGGGUACGAGUAAACGAGAUAAAUCUCCUUACAGGUGUAUAGAAAGCGAAAAAACCGAAACAUUACUUCGCGAAUUAAUCAAAAAACGUGGCGUUUUGAAGGCGAGACUUACAAAGUUCGCCAGUUAUUUAACUACUUGCGUUUCUGAAGCACCUACUAAUUUGCAUAUAGAUAUUAAGUUGCGCAUCCAAGGCGCAGUUGCACUUUUUAACGAAUUUAAUUCUGUGCAGAGCAAAAUUGAGGAAAAUGUGCCCGAAUCUUGUCUCGAAGAACAAUUAUUGCAGCGUGAACAAUUCGAGAAUAAUUAUUACAGUGCACAGGCUAGUGCCGAGUCCUUAUUAAAUGCUAGAACAUCUGCUACAAGCUCUCAGUGUCAAGGCCAACAUAAUAAUCCAUUACAAACUAUAAGAUUACCUACUAUCACUUUGCCCGAGUUCGAUGGUAUGUAUGAGAGUUGGCUCGAGUUUCGAGACACUUAUAUGUCAUUAGUUCAUAAUUCAUCAGAGCUUAGCAACAUUCAAAAAUUCCAUUAUCUCAGAUCUUCGUUGAGAAGUAGUGCAUUAUUAGUUAUAAACUCAUUAGAACUAACUUCCGAUAAUUACAUUGUUGCAUGGGAACUUUUACAAAGCAGGUAUAACAAUAAUAGAUUAUUAAUUCAAAAUCACAUCAAGUCUAUAUUUAAUAUGCAACCAAUAACCAAGGAAUCUCAUUUAUUAAUUAGGAAUUUAAUUGACAGCACAUUAAGGAAUUUACGAGCUCUGAAAAUAUUGGGCGAGCCCACGAAUUUCUGGGAUGCUCUUAUCAUAUUCAUUGUUGUUUCAAAACUUGAUAAAAUAACCGAGCGUGAAUGGGAACAGCACAAAGAGAAUAUUGAGCUGGCGGAUCCCAACUUUCUGGAGUCACAAGAUAUAGAUAUUUUGCUUGGCGCAGAGAUGUUCUGGGAUCCACUCACUCACGGAAAAAUAAGGCUACCUAAUGGACCUUAUUUGCAUAAUACUUUAUUCGGCUGGAUAAUAUCCGGUGCAAUAUAUCAUAAAUCACUAAAUGAUAAUGCUGGUCAUAUCCAGUGUAAUUAUACACAAACGAUGGAUGCGCUAUUACGACAAUUUUGGGAACUUGAGGAGCUACCCAAGCGUCAGGAUGCGCAGACUGAUGAGGAUCAGAUAUGCGAAAAUCACUUCCUCACUACAACUACGCGAAACAGUGAUGGAUUUCCUCUUAUGACAUACCUCAUUAUUUUAUGCCCCACCAUGGAGUUCUUCGUGAGUCUAGUUUGA